UUCAGUAGAAAAGAAAGUUGGUUUGGAUACAGUCUUUGAUUACUUCUUCAGUUACUGGAACAUUGUUUUACAAUGGCGUCUGCAGUAUCUUUGGUGGUUGCUGUUCUUGGCUGCAUUGUUUCUGUUGUGAUUUACAAACAGUGGGAAUCUAAUCCUGAAAGAAAAUACAACCUUGAUCUGUUACAGUCCUACACAUAUAACUUUCAGCAGGCUCUGGAGGAAAGAGCCCAAAAUAUGAAGAAAUAUUCAUUUCCAUAUAAUCCAGCUGGAGUGGACAGGAGAACACAUUUAUCUCUACAAGAAUUUCAAGAAGUUUAUGAUGGAGUUUGGCCAGUCAUUAUUACAGAUGUUGUUCCAACAUGGCCUGCUUAUAAUUGGUCCAUAUCAUACUUCCGAGAGAACUAUGCUGACUCUAAUAUUGUCAUGUCAGUGGCUAACAAAAGCAGCUUGGUAGUGAAGCUGAGCUGGUUCCUAGACAACAUCCAGACUGUAAGCCAGGACUCUUGGCUGUACUUGCAAGAUGAACUCUUUCUACUGCAGCACCAGGAGCUGAGAGAGCAGGUCCCAAGCACAAUUUACACAAGUGAAAACUUUUUUGACUUGUUUCCUGUAGAAGUACGACCUUGGGAUUGUUACUUUCUCUGGGGAACUGCCCACUCAAGGUCAUCUCUACAUAUUGACCCAUAUAACUGGACAGGAACAAACGCUGUCAUUAGUGGACUGAAGAAAUGGAAACUUAUUAAACCUGGUCAGGACCUUCACUUGUCCAUUGUCCAGGAUAGAAAUUGUGGAUUUCCUUUGGAGUGUAAAAAAUACAAUAGUCCUCUAGAUUUGUUUACGUCCUCUAGUGAAAUUGAUCAGUUACUGGAUCACAUCCAGUUUGUUGAAGUUGAUCAAAGGGCAGGGGAUUUGUUGAUCAUCCCCACUGGCUGGUUUCAUCAGGCCUAUAAUGUGGAGCCAACACUGGCAUUGUCUCAACAGAUCAUGAACGCCAAGAACUUCAAAGUUGUGUUGGAGGAAAUCUUCAAGGCAGACAAUUUACCAAAGUCUUGCCUAACUCAGGAUGUACUGAUGCUCUCCCCUGAACAUUUAGUUAAACAUGUGAUGUCCAAACUUCCAGAAGAAAUCUUGAAGAAAGGUGCAGAAGAAACACGUAAAGUGUUAGAGAGUAUCCAGAUACCUCCUACACAAACAUCAGAUGUCACAUAAUCUAUGUUUGUGGAAUCGUAGUUGCCAGUUUUACACAGUGUCCCCUAGCGUUACAAACAGAUUCAAUCAUGAUUGACAUCUGCAAAGCCUAUUGGGAUUAACAUAACAAUCUGACUGGCUAUGGUAGACAUGUCUACCAUUCUGCAUAAUGUGAAAUCAUGAUGCAAAAUUUAAAAAAAAAUCCAGCUGUUCCACCGUUGUGCAUUUACGCUAUUCUAUUCCAGAAAAUAGCCAUGUCAAAGUGAUCUACAUCAGACAGUGUUUUUUUUUUGCUCCUGCUUCAAAACAAAAUAGAUUUUAAAAUUUCAAAUAGAAUAUACAGAGGAGUUGGAUUGAAUUUUUCCUGUGAAAUCUUGUGACAUGGGUGCAUUUUGACAAAUAUUUUCUUCUCAAUUUUUCCAUUAAUUCUGAUGACAAACUGACAAUGCAUGGGCAUUACUUUGGCUAAACAUGUGAAAGUUUUAGAGACUAUUAGAACUUAUUUUCCUGCAUAGUAAAAAACAAGAAAAACACAUAUGUCCUAAAAGCAGAGUCAAUGUAGUAGAUCUUGUGAUAGAGUUAAAUCAUCUUUAACCUUUUGAACCUGCCAGCCCGAUUUAUCGGUCUGCGCGUAAGAAAUCCAUGCCCCGCCAGACUGAUAUAUGGGUCUCGCGCACCUUACCUUAAACCAACAGUCCGUAAUUAAAAAUGUGAAGAAAAAAAACAUGUCAUGUAGGACUAUUUGACUUAUGGUAAAUGACAGUAAUGGCUGCACCCAUGAGUGUUUUUUUUUUAAGUAUUAAACUGAUUUACAAAAUGAAAGACAGUCUCUUGAUUCAGGUAAUCGUAACGCAAAAAGAUUAACUCUGCUUGAAGCAGUGAACUAUAUCCUCAAUGGUUCUGAGGAUGAUGAACUAGAUCUAGAAAAUGAUUACAGUGAUAGUGAAAUGAAGAUUGACUCCGAAGAUCAUCUAGAAUCUAGAUGUAGACAAAAUCAGUACAGUAAAUGAAGACACUAGAUCUACACCUGUACCAGCACCAGGUCCAUCGAAGGAAAGGGGCGUUGCCCCCAAAAUGAUUCUUCAUCUAAAUUUGAUUCUGGCUGGUCAGAAUUGAACACAUUUAUCACUCAGCCUAGAUCUAGUAAUAGAACAUUCACAGAUAUAGCUGGAGCUAAAAACAUGCCUCGUCAUAUUUCAACUCAGAGCACAGCUAUUGAUUUUCUAGACCUGUUUCUAGAUGACAAUUUUUGGGAAACGUUUUUGUGAGGAAACAAACAGACGUGCUUCUCAGGUGAAACAACAAAAGCCAAACAGUUAUUAUGGUAACUGUCCCAGAGCUCAAGGCUUUUUUUGGAUUGCGACUUCAAAUGGAGCAGUGCAUAAAACCCAGGUACGAACACUACUGGGCUAGUUCCAGCAAAUCAUUUGUGACUGAAACACCUUUUUCCUUAGUGUCAUGCAGAAAGAUCGCUUUCUGUCUAUAUGGACACAUCUUCAUUUUGUUAAUGAGCUGAAUCCUACUGUAGAUAAAACAGACAAAAUCUACAAAGUUAGACCAAUGCUGAACAUGAAGCUUACAAAAUUUCAGCACUUUUAUUCACUAUCCCAAUGUCUCAGCUUGGAUGAAGGAAUUUUUAUUCUUCUUCUUCUUCUUCUUCUUCCUCAUUGUUAUGUUGGAGCAUUCAGAUGACUAGACCAAUACAUGAGAUGAACUGCGCAGUGGUUUCCAAAUCAGGGAGCUCUCCAUAUAGUUUUCUUUCUAUUGGGGGACGAAGGAAUGAUUCCUUGCAAAGGCCGACUUGCUAUCAAGCAGUACAUAAAAUCAAAACCCAUCAAAUGGGGAAUCAAAGCCUAUAUGGCUUGUGACUCAAACACAGGCUAUAUAAUGAAGUUGGAAAUUUACACCGGCAAUACUGACAAUGUCAUUCCAGAGCUUGGUGUCGUAGGCAGCGUUGUUGUACGACUUUUAGCAACAGGCCACUUGACAAAUAAAAACCAUAUUGUAUAUAUGGACAGUGUCACACUGUUUGACACUUGAUUCAAUGUUUAUGGAACAUUUGCUGUUGGAACUGCUAUGACAAAUACAAAAUGUGACCCCCAAAGAACUGACAAAGAUGAAAGAGAGGUCAGUCUGAAUUUAUCUGUCAUGGAAAUAUUACAUGCCUAGUUUGGAUGGACCAAAGACCCAUUCCUUUUAUUUCUUCAUAUCACAAUCCAACACACAAGAAAAUUUUACCCCAAAGAACUGACAAAGAUGAAGAAAAUGCUGCGAGUUCAAAUCUGAAUUUAUCUCAUGGCAAUAUUACAUGCCUAGUUUGGAAUGCCCAAAGACCCAUUCAUUUUAUUUCUUCAUAUCACAAUCCAACACACCAGGGCACCCUGAAAAGAAGAAAUAAGGAUGGGACAACUGUGGAUGUGCCAACACCACAGCUCUGCAUUGACUACACCAAAUACAUGGGUGGUUGUGAUGUUAACAACCAGGUUUGUCGCCUCAACAAAACACGUCGUCAUUACCGUUGGCCUCGGCGUCUAAUUUUAAAAAUUUUUCGGGGGCUUACAACAAUGCAUACAUUCAUAUGGAACAAUUCAGUCCCCACAAACAACCAGGCAAAAAGAUAUAGAACAUUCUCAAUGUUCAUGGAUGACAUUUGUUUGUCACUUAUUGGGGAUACAAGAGUUGAAGCAAGAAAGGCUCUACUCCCUCUUGAUACACAUGUGAGACUACAAAAUGUUGGGUGACACCAUCCUCAAUUGUCCCCAACAGCUACUGGAAAUCAUUGAUGUGUAGUUUGUGCUUACAAAUUCAAUAAACAUGUAAAGCAGUUUCCAGACAUGGAUUAUAAUAGCAGGCCUGUCAAGAAAAUUAAAACUAAAUUUUGGUGCAAAUUUUGCCAUAUGUACUUGUGUAUAAAGGAGGGGUCUACACGCUGGGAAGACUGGCAUACAAAGAAAGAAUAUUGGAGAUAAACAAAUAUUUCUCUUUAAAUUUUUAAUACCAGUAGUUUGUUUUUGUGCAUGUUUGUGCAUAUUUUAUAGCCUUGUCUCUGAGGGAUUCAACCUAUAUUGAAUCAUCAGAUGGGCUUUACCGAAUGGAUGUCUAUAGGUGGGAUUCUAUGAUGCUUGUAGGCUCAUAGGUUUUUCCUCAGGAGCCCAGGGGAACAGGAGAAUAAGGGCAGGGAACUGAGGGUUCAAAGGGUUAAACAGAUUUGUUUAACUCUCUUCCCCUAUCCCUAAUUCUACUGAAAAAAAAAGGUAAAGUUCCCCUUUCAGACUUUGUGAUCUAUAGGGCAGAUGAUGUAAAGGUCAUCUGUUGCUGUGGUUAACGAGGGUGUCAUGUGGCCAGCACAACAACCAAACACCUUUACUUUUCCCCAACUAAUCUGGGUCGAUUCAAAGGCCCCACCUAAAGAUCCCGAAAUAAAAAAAAACAAACUCUUAACCAGGAUUUUAACCUGGGACUCCAGGUUUUGGAAGCCAAGCACUUUACCACUCAGCUACAGUGCCUCCUAUAGUCUAAUUGUUCCUUUUUGUGGGUAUUCGGGUAGGCAUGUCUUCUAUUGUUAUUCACAUAAUUAUCUCCAUCAACUUGUGCAUCCCUGAAAAAAAGUAACAAAAGAUAACCACCUGGCGAUGGGCCCAAUCGCUUACUCUGAAUUUGUAUAAGGACAUAGGAGAACAUGGUGUAGUGUUUUAACCACUUGGGCUUCCAAAUCAAGGUGUCUCUGGUUUGAAUCCCGCUGAAGGCUGAGAUUUUGAACUUUGGAGUUUUCAGAAUGCCUUGGAGUUCACCCAAAGAAAGAGAGUACGUUAACAUCCUCUGCCCUAUAGAUGACAAAGUGUGAAAGAGGAACUUUACCAUUCGACUCUCUUGGAGAACUACAUAUCUUCUUCUUCUUUAUUCAUUUGUUUCAUGCUGAAAAUCUGGGGGAAACACUAUCAUUUUUAAUCUACCCUGUUAACAUCAUGAUAAUGUGAUGGCUUAGUAUCAUGAUAAUGUGAUGGCUUAGUAUUGUGAUAAUGUGAUGGCUUAGUAUCAUGAUAAUGUGAUGGCUUAGUAUCAUGAUAAUGUGAUGGCUUAGUAUCAUGACAAUGUUAUAGAUUAGCUGUCAUCUUCUCACUUAGGUUUUUUUUUGGGGGUGGGGGGGCAUUGAUUUUGAUCAGUUGAAUGUAUUCUAGGCUAGGAAAUUAAGUUGCAAUAAUUGUCUAUUUGUGUAAUGAAAUUUAUUUAGAUAGCUUAUUCUUUAGGCUUUUUCUUGUCAGUAGAAAUGACAUUGAGCACUUGUAAGCCAUUUAUACGUUUGACUACGGGUAUGUACAAUUAUAGUAAGUAAAAGUAAUUAGAAGAUGUGAUGCAGGAAAUUUAAAAGUAAGUGUCAGGGGGAGGUAAGGCGAGAAUGAAUGUUAGUUAGAUAUCUUGGUAUGAUAGUUAUAUCCCCUUGUUGUGAAUGUGAAUAGUAUUGCACGCGUUGUGAACUGAGUGAUUAAGUCUUCUUUG